CCACACCCAUGCCUAGCUAAAUUCUUCCUUGAGAAGUUGCUAUUUACUAAGAAGCUAUUUUUUUUGUCACUUAAUUCAAACGGUCAAAAAUAAAUCACAGUGAGUCUGUCCUGAUCGGAAUAACAGGUGUCGGCAGUGGGUGUGGUUACUUGGUUUGAGGUUAGAUGGUUCCGGUUCGACCAGCAGUAAGUGUUGGGACAGUAUACAGAGCAGCUGGCAUCCAUCCAACGCCACCUGUUGUAUCCAGUUUGAAAUUCUUCUCAACCCCAGAGUCGGAAGAAUGGGCAGGCCCCAGAUGUUCCCGUCUCCAUCUGCCAUCCUGUGUCUGUCCCUGCUCCUCCCAGCACUCCAUUGUAACAACAACCUGCUGUGUUACUACAGCCCCAUCAUGUACCGGAACAAGACCUUUGACCUCAUCCUGACAGAGUGCCCUCCCGCGGAACUCUGCAUGACGGGCAACGGUCGCUAUGGAAACCACAGCGCCCUGUCCACCCGGGGGUGCAUGGCGUCGACGGGCUGCGGUCAGAUACACCCUCUCCGACUGAAAGGAACUGUUUACACCAUGACGUAUGCGUGCUGUGGCUAUAACUACUGUAACGCAGGACACCGUGUUGCGGUUAAUUCGGUCCCCCUCGUGGUGGCGAUGACUAUGCUGUUAUUAACGGGCCUGUAACUCACAAGCCUACUUUAAAAUCAUGUAUAUUUUUUUUUAGAUAGGUGCUGGUUCUUAUAGAGGACGUGAGGAGUACGAGGGAUUUGUUGGUUGAUGAGUUUACUCCUGCAUCCUCAGUCUAACCAAACGGAGGCAUGCAUCAACCUGGAGAACCAAUUUAUUUGGUUUUAUUUUUUCUUAACCAAAUACAAUGGAAGAUUAUGCAUUUGGCUCCUUUUUUAUAGAGAGAAAUUAAUAUUUUUAUGAUUGUGAAAUAAAUGUUUUAUACACUAACUGGA